AUGAUUUUUUCCCAUCUCAUCUCUACAACUGGUGAUCCUAGUGAGACAAGCGACAAGAACAUGAAGAUGUUGAAAAAGAGUAGUGCUGUUGACCAAGAAGUCAACGUCGUUGGGCACUUGUUGCUUCGACGCAAACAAGAACAUAUACACGACGACUUUGAUGCCUGCACGUGGUCGCGUCUUUUCCUGGUAGAAAACGAGCCGCCUCUACAACACACCGCUUUUCGACAGCCGGAACACGUUGUGCCCGCUUUCUUGGAGAAGUUGACCUGGCUAAGUCGCCUGAAACAACAGAAUUUGCUUCAACGAGGUUUAGUGGGGGACCCAUCUUCAAUCGCAACUUCAAUACUGUUGUUGACGAGGCGGAAUGUGAUCGCAAUAACGAAAUACUCCUUGGCUCCAGUCUGCGAUAUUCUUAGCUUCGCGACGUUCGUAUUCGAACAAGUGCUUUUCCGGAAAUCAUCAACAUCGGGAGUAGGUCUUUUAUCUUCAGCUUCAUCAUCUUCUUCGUCAAGCAGUAGUACGCAUCUUCUAGGCCUUUCAUCUUCAGCUUCGUCUUCUUCAUCUUCUUUGACAUCGAUCUGUCGGGUCAUCGCUACUCUGGCAGUGUCUUCGGAGAGCUCGACACGCUGUGAAGUGGUAAGAAAGUGCGCAAACUGGUUCUUAAAUACGCUGAUAGCUACACCAGAACACUGCCGUGAACAUAUGCGACGGUUAGUGACAAUGCCAUUAGGCUCAAGUGCAGUUCCAUUGAGCUUGGAGAAUGUUAAAAACGGCAGGACAGUCCAGGAGGGUACAGUACAGGAGCAGGGGGAGCAGCAAGAGCAGGGGCUCGAGAGCGAUCCAUUAGCUGAUGAACAAUCAGCACAGAACAAGCCCUCUUCUUCAGAGGAUAAAAUUUCCACGUUGAGAAAGUCUCUCUUCGGAGUGAUAUUUGAGGCCACUUUUGAGCUGCUAAGUCUUUCUCAAGACGAGAGCGCCACCACGACAUCGCCAUUUUUUAACUGCGGAAUAAGUGCGACAAAAACUCUUGGUGGUGGUGAUAACACCCUGCAAGGACAUCAAGGAGGGAGCGACAACAAGUCCUCGCUGAACAUAUUUUCAUGGCCGGCUCAAAUGCUAAAAGCGUUUCUGCAGAUGGCGAAAGAAAGAAAUCUUCACGAAAAGAGGGACAAACACAAAACUACCUUUCUAGAAGACGAGACGCUAUCUUUUACAGAUUUUCUCCUUUGCCUGCGUUGCACAAACAAUUGGUUUACUAUGAUGCAUGAGGAGCUGCAAUCACUUAUUGCGGAGGCAAUGCAACAAUGCAGCAAUAAUAACGCUACAGCAGCUAGUGGUAGUGGUAAUGCUCCUCAGGGUCAGGGUCAGACUCAGAACAGCACGUACAAUACAUCGAGAGGAGGUCCCCUUGCACCUGGUGGACCACGGUCAGGACAUCAUCAACAGCAAGCUGGUGCUUGGCAGACACCUAAUGCCGGUCUUGGUGGUCUCGGUACUAGCCGUCCUUCCAGCAAGAACACAGUAGUUCCAGGCAAUUCCUUAGGAAUUCAGCAGCAGCAACUGCAGCAACCUCUACCUGGGGAUCCGGACAAUCAAGUCCGAAGAAUAGCAAGCAUACUUGCAUCUGCACGACCUGGAGGAGGUCCUGGAACUCCUGCAAGUAAGGCCUCACUUAUAAUCUAUCUUUUGCCUCAUCUGGUGCGUCCACUCUUCUAUGAUCUGGAAACAGCUUACAGAUUUCGUUAAAAACCAUCCUUCUAUCAGCUCUGCUCGUUGUCACGUAGAAGAGUGGACACAGUCAGAUGAGGCAAAAGAUGGACGAUCGUGGUGAGUUCUAAUGCAAGAAUGAAUCAGAUUCAGACCCCUAUAAUUAAGGGUUACCACAUUGCAUUCUUCACUACCAUCCUUGACUUUUUCUCCAGUAGGAAAAGGGUCAGGGAUGAUCUGCAGAAUGCAAUGUCGCAACCUCUAAUAUAAUGCCUGUUAUGCCCCCUCCUCCUCAGGCGCAUGUCAAUGUCCCAUUCGGAGCAUCUUCGCCUCCAGCUCUACCUGGCGGCAUCGCAGGAACAAGAUUAAGGCUUGUUCCCCGAAUGCAUCUCCAGAAGCAUCUUCAGUAGAGUGAUGUACUCGAAAACUGAAAAAAAGCGAGUUACUGACUGAAGUAAAAGAGUUUUGAUUACAUGACUCAAUAAAGGGAGAACGGCUUCCAGAUAAUAUAAUAUCUCAAGAUGGAUUAGGGUGGCGGUGAACUCUAACAAGAGCGCGAGCCCAGAAUGCAGUGCCGCCACCACGACCAGCAGAGCAGGUCGAUCUACUUGGCGAAAACCUUUUGACUGCUCCACAAGCAAGUGCGCUAGCCCAGAAUGCAGUACCACGACCAGCAGAGCAGGUCGACCUUCAAGAGAUUAUGCAGAUGGAAGACCUGCAUCAACAGCAGAUAUUGCACUCGCAGAUAUUGCAGAUGCAACUUGCUCAUGCACAGGGACAGUUAUGGUGGUUAACAGCUUUUCUGAUCGAAUGAUCUCUCAAAAUCUUGGUACGGUCUUCCAGGGACAGAUCUCCCAACAUCUACAUCUUGGAUGAAGCCUUUUCCCAGAAAUGAAUAGGCAUCUUCCUCAGCAUCUCUCUGGUAAGUUCUUUUCUUUCCAGCAUUCAGAUGAAAAAUGAUACAAGACAAGAAGAUAAAACAAGGCUACAACAAGUAGAACUGAAAGGUAAGAAACUACAGACUACAAUAGAAAUGAAACUGAAAUGAACUUCACCUUCAAAUAUUCGAAAACUCAAAAUAAGCGAGCUACUGACUGAAAUCAGAGAGUCUUGACUACAUUCCUCUUCUUUUUGUAUACUACAACAAGGAGUCCACAUCUAAAACAAGGCGAAGAGCAGGAAGACUUCCCAGAUAUGAUAGACGAAUUAGGAGGACAAGAAGACGAGGACUUGCUAGCUGCAGAAUAUUUCAAAGCAGAGCAGCUUCAGCAACAAGAGCAGUUUCUGCGAAAUCGUAUGCUGUUGGCGCAAAAUCUGAACCUUCAGCAGAAAAAUGCUGGUCAUGAUCAGAAUGUUGCUGGAGGUAGUAAAUUUAUGAAUAUGCUAGGAGGUGGAGUACAAGCACGAGGAAGCAAUCUCCUAGGAGGUGCAGGAGGAGGUCCAGUGCUGCCACAACCAGGACCAGGACAGGCUGGCGGUGGGCUCUAUCUUCCGCCUGGACAUGGACAAGAACUACAAAAGGGUGCCCAACUUCAACAGCGACUCCAGCAGGGACAAAUCGAUGCCCAAUUCGAAGGUCUCCAUCAGGGGUCGUUGAAUCUUCUCAAUUUGCCUCUCGAAGCUCGCCUACACGCGAGGGAAACUGCUAGGAGUCUUCUGGCAGCAGCGAUACUGGGAGGUCAUGUAGUUAUUAACUUUGUCGUAAUAAAUUCUUUGAGUUUGAGAAAAUUUUUUUCUGAUUUUUCGUAGCGUAGUGGUUAAAAAUAGAGGACGCAUCUAUUUUCCGAGUUCCAGUGAAGGAUUUAAGUUUAUUUAGAAAUUCAUCUACUAUAGCAAAAGCUCUAAUGACAUUGGCAGUGACGAGGAAGAAGAGGAGGAUCAAGGGAACGAGGAAGAAGAGGAAGAAAGCCCUGUCGUGCGUCCACAACCGACGAAACGGCGACGAGGGAUUAG